CCCACCAGUCGGACAGUCCCUCCCUUGGGAUACCCAUCGGGCCAGACCCCAGAGCCGCGGGGGCGCCGCAGGGAUGGGGAGCGACCCCCAGCAUUACUACGGGAAGCACGGAACUCCACAGAAGUAUGACCCCUCCUUCAAAGGACCCAUUUACAAUCGGGGCUGCACAGACAUCAUUUGCUGUGUGUUUUUCCUCCUGGCCAUCGUGGGCUACGUAGGGAUCAUAGCUUGGACUCAUGGAGACCCCCGAAAGGUAAUCUACCCCACUGAUAGCCACGGUCCGUUCUGUGGGCAAAAGGGCACAAAAAAUGCGAACAAACCCUACCUGUUUCAUUUCAAUAUUGUGAAGUGUGCCAGCCCCCUUGUCCUGCUGGAAUUCCAGUGUCCCACCCCCCAGAUGUGCGUGGAGAAAUGCCCCAACCGAUACCUCACCUAUCUGAGUGUUCGCAGUUUCCCGGACUAUGAGAAGUACUUCAAGCAGUUCUGCGUGCCUGGCUUCCAGAACAACAAGGCUGUGGCGGAGGUGCUUCGGGAUGGUGACUGCCCUCCUGUCCUCACUCCUAGCACACCAUUGGCCCAACGAUGCCUCCCAGCCAUUCACACCCAUAAGGGGGUCCUCGUGGUGGGCAACGCGACAACCUAUGAGGAUGGAGACGGCAUUCGGAAAAACAUCACUGAGCUGGUGGAGGGCGCCAAGAAGGCCAAUGGGGUCCUGGAGGCUCCGCAGCUGGCUAUGCGGGUCUUUGAAGAUUACACUGUCUCCUGGUACUGGAUUGUCAUAAACCUGGUCAUUGCUAUGGUGAUGAGCCUCCUGUUCAUCGUGCUGCUCCGCUUCCUGGCUGGCAUUAUGGUCUGGGUGAUGAUCAUCAUGGUGAUUCUAGUACUGGGCUACAGUAUAUUUCACUGCUGCAUGGAGUACACCCGACUGGGAGGUGAAACCGGCUCUGACAUCUCCCUGUUGGAUCUCGGUUUUCAGACAGAUCUCCGCGUGUACCUGCACUUGAGGCAGACCUGGAUGGCUUUCAGGAUAAUUCUGAGCAUACUUGAGUUUAUUAUCAUCUUGCUGCUCAUCUUUCUACGAAAGAGAAUUCUCAUCGCCAUUGCACUCACCAAAGAAGCCAGCAGGGCUGUAGGAUAUGUGAUGUGCUCCCUGCUGUACCCACUGGUCACCUUCUUCCUGCUGUGCCUUUGCAUCGCCUACUGGGCCAGCACUGCCCUCUUCCUGUCCACUUCCAAUGAAGCUAUUUAUAAAAUCUUUGGCGAUGCCAACACCUGCCCAGUUAAUGGAAAAACCUGCAUCCCUGAGACCUUCCCCUCCUCCAACGAGUCCCGCCUAUGCCCUGGAGCCCACUGCCAGUUCACCUUCUAUGGUGGUGAGUCAGCUUACCACCGGGCCCUGCUGGGCCUACAGAUCUUUAAUGCUUUCAUGUUCUUCUGGCUGCCCAACUUCGUGCUGGCUCUGGGCCAGGUCACGCUCGCUGGGGCCUUUGCCUCCUACUACUGGGCCCUGCACAAGCGAGACCUGCCUGCCUUCCCGCUCUUCUCCUUUAGCCGCGCACUCAGAUACCACACGGGCUCCCUGGCCUUUGGUGCCCUCAUUCUGGCCAUCGUGCAGAUCAUCAGAGUGAUGCUGGAGUACUUGGAUCAGCGCCUGAAAGCUGCCGACAAGUUUGUCAAGUUCCUCAUGACCUGUCUCAAAUGCUGCUUCAGGUGCCUGGAGAAGUUCAUCAGAUUCCUCAAUAGGAAUGCCUACAUCAUGAUCGCCAUCUAUGGUACCGAUUUCUGCAUCUAAGGCUAAGCCAAGAACGCCUUCUUCCUGCUGAUGAGAAACAUCAUCGGAGUGGCUGCCCUGGACAAAGUUACUGACUUCCUCUUCUUGUUGGGCAAACUUCUGAUUGUGGGUAGUGUGGGGAUCCUGGCUUUCUUCUUCACCCACCGUAUUAGAAUCAUACAAGACACUGCACAGCCCCUAAAUUAUUGCUGGGUCCGUAUACUGACUGUGAUCAUUGGCUCCUACCUGAUUGCCGACGGCUUCUUCAGCGUCUAUGGCAUGUGUGUGGACACAUUGUUCCUCUGCUUCUUGGAGGACCUCGAGAGGAAUGAUGGCUCGGCUGAGAGGCCUUACUUCAUGUUUUCCAAUCUCAAGAAGCUUUUGAACAAGACCAACAAGAAGCCGGCGAAAUCUUAAAGGCCCCACCUUCCCCCCACCACACCUCCCUACAAGGUCUCACGCUGGGUGCUCGGCAGCUGGGUCACAGCCUCCAGCCCCUUGGGCUGACAGGAGUCCUGUCAUUGCCACCCCACCAUCAUCCAGUUACCACCAGUUUCUGGAGACCCAGAAGAUUUGUGGCAUCUCCUUCGUAUGCCAAGGGACAGUCAGGCUUUUCAUGACGCCCCCCGCCCCCCCAAGACUGUGCAACCAAUCUGGCCGGGAUGGGAAGGAGUCCCAUCACUGGCCGGGAUGGGAAGGAGUCCCAUGAGGGCUCUUGAUGUGUCUGGCCCUCGAUGGGGCCCAACCUCUGUGGGCUGCGUCCAGCUUCCUGUUCCCUCCUCUCGGGGGAUGGUGUUUGUGUCUGUGGGAACCACGGCCACAGUAAGCUCCGGCUCCUGAAGGCCCUCGUUCACAUGGGAUCUGCUCAAGACAGGACCGAGCCCCUUCUCCAGAGCUGAACAAUUGGCACUGGGGCUGCCACGUGUUUCUUUACUAUUUUUCUUAAUCUAGCUGUGCAUUAAAGGUCUAUUAGUUUUUUUUCUGUCUCAACAGCUGAAAUGGGGCCACUGAGGAGUGCCUUCUGUUAUCUGGUAUGGCUGCAGUGGGGUGUGGUACUCGUGCCCAGGAGGGGUGUCUCCUGGCAUGGGGGCAGCAGGGCGCCCUGGUUGUUGAUGGGAGAUGAGGGAGUGAGACUAUUCUGGGAGGCUGCUUUGAGCAGGAGGAAGGAGACCCCUAAUAGCCGCCUGAUGGAAACCUGCUGUCUGGAUGGCUGGCUGGCGAAGCUGGACUGAGUUUCUUCCCUCCCUCUGCCAGUGAUUGACACAGCUCUUUCUAAGAGAGAAGAGAAACUGAAUCCACCCAAGGGACAAUUUCAGGGCAAAUGCUGCAUGCACAGCGGACCUCCCUGACCAGUCACCUCAUUUUGAGGAUCCUUUGGCUAAAUUGGUUGAACUCAGGACCUGGUCUCCUGGUGUUCUCCCCACCAUAUCCUAAGGCCCCUGACUUCAUGUCUUUGUUCAUCAGCACAGUCCCAAGAUCCCAGAGAGGGAGAGAUUCCCGCCUGGGGUCUCCAUGUCCUGCGCCUGUUGCCAGUCCUCCCUCCUCCCUCCCUGUUCUGUCCACACAUCCCUGCGUGUAACUGCAUUCCAACCACUAAUAAAGUGCCUAUUGUAACAGAAAAA